AUGAGUUUUGGUCAUGAUGAACAAAUUCGUGUACUUAUUUUAAAUGAAGGUGAAGAUAAAAGUGAAGAAUUAUUUCGAUUAAAAAAAGGAUGGACUCUUCAAAUAGCUUUAUCAUCUCAUUUAUCGUGGAGAGAAGUUCGAAUAUUUACAAAUGCUUGUCUUUAUGAAAAAGAUUUAUUUCAAAGAAAUAAUUAUCAAGAAUUAAAAUGGAUUUAUCCAUCAAGUGGAAAAUAUGAUGAUUCAGAUCGUUAUGUAUCGAUUUUAUGUUGUAAAUCUGGUUCAUUUCAUUAUUAUUUUACUAUUGAUGGAACAACAAUUAAAGAAAAUCAAAAUGGUCAAGGUUAUUUUCAAGUUGAAUCCCAUUUAAUUUUUCCAGAUGAAAGUGGUGAAGUAUUAGAACAAGAAUGUAUAACAUGUCAAUCAGUAUUAUCAAAAUCAUUGGGUCCUUUAUCAGAAUGGUUAUCACGUAUUGAAGUAACAUAUCAUUCAGGUUAUAAUAUGAUACAUUUUACACCAAUUCAAUCACUUAAUAAUAUAUCAAAUUCAUCAUAUUCAAUAAAUGAUCAUCAUAAAUUAAAUUCAAAAUUUGAAGGAACAUAUCAACAAAUGAAAAUUUUAAUUGAUAAAAUAGCUAAACAAUGGAGAAUAUUAUCAAUAACUGAUCUUGUUUAUAAUCAUGUUGCUGAUGAUUGUGAUUUACUUCGAAAUCAUCCUGAAGCUGCUUAUAAUUUAAUUAAUUCUCCACAUUUAAAACCAGCUGUACUUAUUGAUUCAAUAUUAAUGCAAUUUACUUGUGAUGCAAGUAAAGGAAAACUUUUAUCAAAAGGUAUUAAAGAUGAAAUAAAAGAACAUCAUUUACCAUUAAUUCGACAUUAUUUACUUAAUGAAAUAUUUCCUCAAUAUUGUUUAUGGGAAUAUUAUAUAUGUGAUACAAAUAAAUUAGUUGAAUUAUUUUAUAAAAAAUUAUCUUUAUUAAAUAAUUGUCCUGAUAAACCUUUAUAUUAUAAUGAAAAUUUAAUUGAAAUAAAUCAUGGAAAAUAUUUAAGAAUGAAAAGUUUUGUUGAUCUUGAUUUAGCUGAAAAAAUAUAUUUUUUUAAAAGAGAAUAUUUAUCAACAAAUGAACAAUGGAUAAAUGCAGCAUGUGAUGCAUUACGUUCUCGUAUUGAUUUUUUAAAUAAUUUAAUUCGAGAAAAAUUAAAUGGAUAUUUAAAUCGAGCUAUUGAUAAUUCUAUUGCUUCAUGUCGUUAUCAUUUUUUUUCAUUGGAUGGACCAAAUUAUAAUAAAUUAUGUUUACCAUCAACACCAUUUGUUGGAAAUUAUUUUUAUUAUCCAAAUGGAGAAUUUAAACAUCCAGAUGAUAUUAAUAAUUUAAUUGAACAUGAUAUUAAUUAUCAAUUAUAUGUUAUGGCUCAUAAUGGUUGGGUUAUGAAUGAUGAUCCUCUUAGAUGUUUUGCUGAUGAAGGUUUUUUUUAG